CCGAAACAUGGCGAUUGACUGUAGUGUCUGAUUUUUGUCUGAUUUUACAAAGAAGCUAGAUAUGCUUUACUAGAAUUAUUUUACAGUAUAUCAUGAUGUUAUUUUAACUGUACUGUAAAUGUAUAGUUCGAUCUGUCAACUUUCAACAAGCUGUUCAUUUAGUGUUACAAAAAACGUCAAAAAGCUAGGCCCGGUGCUAGGUAGGUUAGGGUCAAGCCGGCUCCACCAACCAACACCUCAGAUUUAUGUAAAAUCAUCUGAACAAUUGGGAGAUUUCGCAACCUUACAAAAAUGAUAACGAAUACAAAUAUGUUAUUACCAUUAUCGUCAUUUGUGCCUAAUUCUGAACAAGCUGAAGAUGAUCGUCGUUUCAUACAAAAGGCAUAAAUUGCUGAAGUUGUGACAGAUAUGAUACUGUCUAUAGGAUUCAUGAAGAAAUGAGUUUAAUUCUUGGUAUUGAUUUGGGGACCACUGCAGUGAAAGUUGCUCUUAUUGACAGUAUGACCAAACAGGUCAUUAACCUUCAGUCUGAAAAUACUAAUGCUGACAUUGUCAGUACUACAUCACCAAUCGGUAAUGAGCAAAGUCAUACCAAAAUAUUCAAUGCUUGUAUAGUGUGCCUACAUAGGAUAGAAUAUGAACAACGAAGGCAGGUUGUUCGUAUCGCUGUAUCAGGACAAAUGCAUGGCAUCAUCUUAUGGAGCUCAACCAUUUUUAACAAUCCAGCAUCAGAUGAUUAUUUAAAUCUUACAACGCAUUGUGAUGUCAUCAGUCCAUUAUACACUUGGCAAGAUGCAAGAUGUUCUGAUGAAUUCUUGGCAACCCUACCUCCGGCAGAAUCGCAUCUUCAACUUGCUACUGGCCAUGGGUGUGCAACUUUGUUCUGGCUGAAGAGGAAUGUUUCGGGUUUUCUUUUCGGACAUGGGAGAGAGGCAAAGUUUGAUUGUGCCGGUACUAUAAUGGAUUUUUUUACAGCUUUUUUGUGUGGCUUGAAGAAACCUAUUAUGUCUGUACAGAAUGCAGCAAGUUGGGGCUACUACAACACUGAGCAAUACUCAUGGAAUGAAAAAAUCCUUAAAGAAGCAGAUUUUCCUGUCACCUUGCUACCAGAAGUUCGUCAGCCAGGUUGUAAAAUAGGUGAACUUAGAGCCCCAUGGCAGGGAUUACCACAAGGCACAGAUGUAGGUGUUGCAAUGGGUGAUCUUCAGUGCUCAAUUUUGCCUCAUCUGACAUCCGAUACACAAGCAGUUGUGAAUAUUGGUACUUCAAUGCAGGCAGUUUUUAAAUGCCCUCCCGGUCUUAAUCCGACAAGAUCAAACACCUUAAGCUCAUUAGCAUAUUUCCCAUUUUUCAAAGGGACAUACCUAACUGUUGCUGCAUCUCUCAAUGGUGGCAACGUCUUAACAGCAACUGUCAAAAUGUUUCAGCAAAUGAUGCAAGCUUUGAACAUUCCAGAAGAAUUUAUUCAAGAGGAAAGCAUUUUUGACAUGUUGCUCGAAAAAGGAAAAUGUAUUACGGAAACAGACCUGGUAAUCAAACCCACAAUUCAUGGGGAGAGGCAUGCACCAAACGCAAAAGGAUCUGUAACAAAUAUUACGCCAUUUAAUAUGGACGUUGGGCAUUUGUCGAAAGCUCUAUGUCGCGGACUAAUAGAAAAUCUCCUUGAAAUGCUACCUAGGGAGAUAUUGUGUACAGCUGGUGUAGAGAGGAUUGUGGGAUGUGGGAGUGCUCUUCUUAGAAACAAGAUGCUACAAGAAGAGUUGGAAAGAGCUUAUUGUUUGCCUGUAGAGUUGACAACAGAUAGUAAUGCAGCCGUUGGUGGUGCUAUUGCAUUAUUAAAUUUUUGGCAUUGAGGUGUUAAAGGAGAAGUUUUCUAGCAUAGAAAGCUAAAGAAAAGCCAAGUAAAAGAAAGGUAGUUUCUUGUCCUUAAAUUUAAAAAAAAAAAAAAAGAAUGAGGGCAAUUUUUUUUCUUUUUUUUUACUCUGAGAUGGCAAAUGAAAGAUGAUCGAUGGGAAACAGCUACUACUUUCUCACUUUUACCAGGUAGACACAUUGAAAGCAAAUAAAAGAAGCACGAGACAUGAUUCAUACCAUAUAUCUUCAACCACAAAAUAUUGAGAGAGGAAUUUUAUUGAUGCGAGUUAGCCAGGUUUUCUUACAUUUUUUUUUAAAUAAAAAACUUUGGUGAGGCAGAGAAAGUGGAUACGCAAGGGGACAAGAAACUAUUAAUUUUUUUAUUUGGCCUAAUAUGAAUUGUAGACAAUCACAGUUCACCAUUCCAUUAAUGAACUAUUAUCAAUCUGUUUUUGAUGCACAGGCCCCCUUCCAAGGAGGGGUUUUCUGGGCGCGAGGUCCACGGUCGAAGCCCCCAAAGCAAGGGGAUUUUUGUGCUUUAUGGGUCUAAAUAAUGCUAUAAAAGCAGAUAUGUUUGAAAAGGUCCUUGUCUGGAUGGGUCUGCAGUGCAUUAGUUGGG